AAGGUGAAAGGUCAAGGCUGUGAGGCUCGUCAGAGAUGACGGUCACGUACUCACAGCAGGUCGCAGACGCGCGUCUGGGCACCUUCUAUCGUCUCCUGCUGCGAUGGAAGGGAAGCAUCUAUAAGCUGCUGUAUCCAGAGCUGCUGAUCUUCACUGUGAUGUACUGCACUAUUAGCGUCACGUACAGGUGUAUUCUGACUGAAGAGCAGCGCAGGAUGUUUGAGAAGCUCUCCAUGUACUGUGAUCAAUACGCUCAACUCAUCCCGGUGUCCUUCGUUCUGGGUUUCUACGUGACUCUUGUGGUGUCUCGUUGGUGGGGUCAGUUCGAGAGCGUCCCGUGGACGGACCGCCUGUCAGCGCUGGUCAGUGGACACGUCCGGGGCGCAGAUGAAGGGGCCAGACUCGUUCGCAGGAGUCUCAUGCGUUACGCUAAUCUGUCCGGCAUCCUGAUCUACCGCUCCAUCAGCACCGCUGUGUACAAGCGCUUCCCCACCAUGAGCCACCUGGUUCAAGCAGGUCUGAUGACAGCUGAGGAACUGAGGCAUUUAGAGGAACUGCCUUCGCCUCAUAAUAAGUUCUGGGUUCCCUGCAUGUGGUUUGUCAGUCUGGCCAUGAGAGCUCGAUCUGAAGGACGCAUCAAUAACGACGUCGCAAUGACCGCCAUCCUCAACGAGUUGAACACACUGCGCUCUCAGUGUAUGAGGCUGUACGGCUAUGACUGGAUCAGCCUGCCUCUCGUGUACACACAGGUGGUAACUGUGGCAGUGUACAGUUUCUUUUUGACUUGUCUGAUUGGUCGACAGUUCCUCGACCCCGCCCAGGGUUAUCCGGGUCACAACCUCGACUUCUACCUGCCCGUGUUCACCUUACUGCAGUUCUUCUUCUAUGCAGGCUGGCUCAAGGUGGCAGAGCAACUUAUUAACCCUUUUGGGGAGGAUGAUGACGACUUUGAGACGAACUGGCUGGUGGACCGUAAUUUACAGGUGUCUCUGCUGUCAGUGGAUGAGAUGUAUGAUCUGGUUCCUCUGAUUGAGAGAGAUAAAUACUGGGAUGAAUCUGAACCUCAGCCGCCGUACACCGCUGCCAGCGCAGAACACCGCAAACCCUCAUUCAUGGGGUCUGCUUUGGACAUCAGCGUUCCCAAAGAGGACAUGGAGUUCCAGCACAAUCUGGAGCAGAUUAAGGAGCACGAGGAGGCCAAUCACUCCACUCCGUUCCUGGGCAGCUUGAGUCGUCUUCUGGGCGUCCAGUCGAACAAUUUCCCUCGCUCGACUCCCACGUCCCGAGUCUCGCUCCUGCGUCGGCGUCCCCGCGCCCCUUUCUCUCGCUUCCCCCUUUACCUCCAUCCCGAGAGCGCUCCGAUGCCCAACCAUUCCCGGGACGCCGACAUGGCCGAGGACGCCUUCUCCUCAAUGCCUCUUUACGAAAGACCUGGGUUCUACAGCUGUCCUCAGACGCCCAUCCACUGCAUCCCUCCGCCUGUCACUCGCUCGAAACCACGACGAGCUCACGACAGCUCCAGCUCACUGGCGCAACCAAUGGUGGGAUCACAAGUCCUGGCUCCUCCCGACACACCCGCGCCUCCUUCCUCCGCUUUCCCUUGGGUUGGAGAACAUUCAGGACCAGCUUUCUCAUUCCCAGACCCUGUGCCCGAGCUGUUAACCAAAGUACGGCCCGUUCAAGUCUUGCCAUCGAGACGUCCCCUGCCUUUACGUCUCUCGUUAGACACGUCUCCUUCUCCGUCUCCUCAAUCUUGGCCGAUCCACACCGCCAGCUCUGGGAGCAUGAACGCGGCGACCACAACAAACAUCAACGGUACGGCAAACAACCCCUGGCCAAUCAGCAGAAGCACCACCGCAAGCACAGCCAAUCCCGUCAACACAAGCCCCACGGCGACUCAGCCGACAGCCAAUCAGCACAACUCUCCCAACGACUCUGGCAUCUCAUUGGCUGAGGGGGAUCUGUUGGGUGUUGCGCUGAGAACGAGGGAACCGCUCUAAAGCCGAGUGCACACUGCGAUUUAU